UGGAAAUCAGGGCUUGUUAUGCAUCAAAGAUCUCACACAGGGGAGAGGCCAUUUUCCUGCCCUGAGUGCGAGAAAUGUUUUAUACAGAAAUCGGAUCUUGUUAGACAUCAAAAGUCUCACAGAGGGGAGAAACAAUAUUCCUGCUCUGAGUGUGCGAAAUGUUUUUCACAGAAAUCUGACUUUGUUGAACAUCAAAGAGCUCACAGUGAGGAGAUGCCGUAUUCCUGUUCCAAGUGUGGGAAAUGUUAUAGACGGAAAUCAGACUUUGUUAUACAUCAGAGAUCUCACACUGGGGAGAAACCAUAUUCCUGCCCUGAAUGUGGUAAAAGUUUUUCGGAGAAGUCCAAUCUUUACAGACAUCGGAGGAUUCACACGGGGGAGAAGCCAUUUUCCUGUCCUGAGUGUAGUAAAUGUUUUUCACAAGCGUCCCAUCUUCACACACAUCAGUUGAUUCACACAGGAGAGAAGCCAUAUUCCUGUCCUGAGUGUGGGAAAUGUUUUUCAAAGAAAUCAGACUUUGUUAUACACCAAAGAUGCCACAGAGGGGAGAAGCCGUAUUCAUGCACUGAGUGUGGGAAAGGUUUUCAAGGGAAGUGGAGUCUUUACAGACAUCAGAUGACUCACACAGGUGAGAAGCCGUAUUCCUGUCCUGAGUGUGGGAAAUGUUUUUCACAGAAAUCAGACCUUGUUCGACAUCGAAGAUCUCACACUGGGGAGAAGCCAUAUUCCUGUCCGGAGUGCAGGAAAUGUUUUUUACAGAAAUCAGACCUUGUUAGACAUAAAAAAUCUCACACAUGUGAGAAGCCGCAUUCCUGUACUGAGUACGGGAUGCGGUUUCAAUUUAAAUCCCGUCUUAAUGUGCAUAAAAGAUCUCACACAGGUGAGAAGUCACAUUCAUGCCCUGAGUGUGGGAAAUCUUUCUCACAGAAGUCCAAUCUUUACACGCAUCAGAGAUCUCACACAGGAGAGAACCCUUAUACCUGUCCUGAUUGUGGAAAAUGUUUUUUAGAGAAAUCCAGUCUUGGUAGACAUCAGAGAUCUCACACGGGGGAAAAAACGGUUUUGUGUCCUGAGUGCGGGAAAUAUUUUUCAGAGAAGUCCAGACUUGACAGACAUCAGAGAUCUCACACAGGGGAAAAACCAUAUUCAUGUUCUGAGUGCAAGAAAUGUUUUUCAGAAAAGUCCAGUCUUAACAGACACCAGAGAUCUCACACGGGGAAAAAGCCAUAUUCCUGUCCUGAGUGUGAGAAAUGUUUUUUAGAGAAGUUCAAUCUUUAUAUUCAUCAGAAACUGCACACGGGAGAGAAGCCGUAUUCAUGUAAUGAGUGCGGGAAAUGUUUUGUACAAAAGGCAGAUCUUGUCAAACAUCAGAGGUCUCACACGGGGGAAAAACCAUAUUCAUGUCCUGAGUGUGGGAAAUGUUUUUCAGAUAAGUCUAAUCUUUAUAAUCAUCAGAGGUCGCACACAGGCGAAAAGCCGUAUUCCUGUGCUGAGUGCGGAAAAUGUUUUGUACAAAAAUCAGUACUUGUCACACAUCAGAAGUCUCACACAGGGGAAAAACCGUAUUCCUGUCCAGAGUGUGGGAAAUGUUUUGUACAAAAAUCACUACUUGUCAUACAUCAGAGAUCUCACACAGGGGAGAAGCCGUAUUCUUGUCCUGAGUGUAGGAAAUGUUUUUCACGGAAGUUCAAUCUUUCCAAACAUCAGAGAUCUCACAUGGGGGAGAAGUCAUUUCCCUGUGCUGAGUGAGUGAAUUGUUACUCACUGAAGUCCUGUCUUCCUGUAUAUCAGGGAUCCCACACAACUCUCGAGGUGUAUUAGUGACUUGAGUGCGGGAAAUGUCUUCUAUAUGAAUUUUACUGGACAUCGCAGGUCUCAUGUGGGGGAAGAAGCACACCCUGAUAUACACCUCAUAUAUAUUGAUGCAUAAGGACUCACUAUAUAUC